AUGGGUAAAGCAGUCGGUCGUCGACAGAAGCAGAAGGGUGGACAGGGGUCGAAAUCCUCCAAAGGUUCGAAGCCCGGCGUGCGAAAACAGUCCGACGCCCCGGCAAGGGAGUUGAAGGGCCCAGUGUGGCGACACAAAGACAGCGACGCAAGCCAGGCGGCGCUGAAGCGAAAUCUGCAGCUGAAGCGGUUGCUGCGGAUCAAAAAGCCUACGGUCGCGGAGAAAUGCGAGUUAGCCAACCUGUACGCUAAUCACAACGCUGUCAAGAAAGCUUGUGACUUGUACAAGGAGAUUCUGGGCGACAAGCAGGUGGAGAAAAAAUCAAUUAUCCCGGACGUGCAACUCACUACCGCGCGGGCACGAUAUGCCUGUCUCUUGCUGGAUACGGAGCAGGCUGAUGUUGCGCGGGAAGUGCUGAACGCCAAUGGCGAAGUAAUGGAUGCAAAAGAUGCGGCCGCGACGGAAGUUAAACAGGAUGAGGGUUCCGAUCGCAAUGCUGCGGAUGGUGAAAAACAUGGAGAAAAAACCAACGCAGUCACUGUAAACGACGAAGACAUCUCAGAUUUUCCGCUCUGGGUCCAGGUCCGGCUAAAAAUUUUGGAAAGGUUUGAAGAAGACAAAGAAGAACCUGAAGACGACGACGGUGCGGACUCGACAGGCGAAAGUGCUGCUGUUCCAGCGGACAGGGACCAAGAUCAGCAAUCUGCUUCUCUAUCUACGGCCGAAAGAUUCCAGCUUCUGGUCGCCCACACCGCGCAGGCCUGGACUUUAGUCGCAAUCGAGUACAUCUCGCACGUCAUCUUGGAGGAGACUGAGAGCUCAGCGCCUCUGACCGAGGCCAUUGUGCAAGCAGCCCGCGUCAAUCCGUUCGUGGCAGAGGUGCUGGCAGACAAGAGCGGAACCUUCCUGGAGGAGCUCUUUUCCUCAGAUUCGUUCAUCGAGAAAGUUGCGGGGACUUGUUGUGCAGCAAAAAGUGGAAAAUCUAGUGGCUCCUGCGGGAGCAAAUCCUCGUCUUCCAGUGCCACUGUUGACACAGAGAAGAGUGCGGCUCUACCUUUUUCGAUUGCGCAUUUCGAAGCUGUCCUUGUGUAUUUUCUGAAUUGGGCACAGCUUGACGUUUGGAGCGACAUCGACGGGUUUCCGGCGUUUAUCCGGGGAGCCUUGCCCAGUUUGAUAGAGAUGGAGAAGGAUCAUGAUGGAAGAAAAAACACCAAACCAGCAAAGGAACUACACGACGAGAAAAACGUAAAGAAAAUAAAUGCACCAGAAGAAGACGACGAAAACAGCGACGAUUCGGAAUCUGCAAUGAACGACUCCAUCGAGUUUGCGAAUUUCGAGACGACAAGCGGCCAGUACCUAAACAAGGCACGGCAAAACCUGCUGAGCACCUGGCGCUCGUGCCGGCGAAAGAGUCAGGAGGCCGCUUUGGCUGAUGCCGGUCGUGCGGAGUCCGGGGACGGGCUCGAGGAGGAGGAUGAAGAAGAGUUGUCAGCUGCAGAGUUGGAAGACUAUGAGCUCAGUGAUAUGAAUAUGAUGCUCGAGGAAGAAGACUCUGAUGAAGAUUUGUAAAUGCCGCGAGGAACAGCAGCUCGUCGAGCAAAAGUGAAAAUCAACGAAACUAUUGUGGAAUUACUAGCACUUGCUCGUGGUCUUCGCCGAUAACAAGUUUCGCGUGUGAU